AUGACGACGACGGUACCAUUGUCGGUGCAAGAAUUCGCCACACAGCGGUCGCGCCCUUCGAUGCGGUUCACCGCCCGCAGAGCCCGCUCGGGUGGCGACACUGCGCUCGGGAGCAUUAUGGUGCGCCAAAGCCACAAACAACAGGGAGUGUCGAAGAAUGACUUCGAACCGAACGCUAAGAUCUCCGAUUAUGUCUGGUCCAGUUGGACGAUGGAUGAUGCCACGGUAGAAAUGAUUGGGCCAUUGAAGCGGGAAAAAAACCAAACAGAUCGACAGCUUUGCUCCCGCGUCAACUCACUGUCGACGAUCGGUGAACGGCGUCACGAAUUUGUCCGUGACAAAACUCCGACUACGCCACUUUUUAUGUAUGAACCACCAUUCUUUGUAGCACCGAAUUCUACACCGUCCCAAGGUCAAUGUUCAUUUAACAAAGACUAUGCAAUUGCCAACAUUAGCGAGUGGGCGAUCAUGCCCAAAAAUGAAGAUGCACUAGCAUUUGCCUUGUGGAAGGUUGGACCAAUUCCAGUCAGUAUAAAUGCCGCACCAAAAUCGUUCCAGUUGUACAGUAAUGGCAUUUAUGAUGAUGAAGCAUCAUGUGAUAACUCGAAAGUGAAUCAUGCAAUGCUUCUGCUCGGCUACACUAAAGAUUACUGGAUACUGAAGAACUGGUGGGGUAGCUGGGGAGAGGACGGUUAUAUGCGUUUGGCCCGUGGAAAAAAUCUCUGUGGCAUCAGCAACUAUGCUGGCUAUGUGACGGUUUGA